CGACGUUUUAUAAGCCUCGACAGUUUUCAAAGCACUGAGUUUCUAUCUACAGUUUAAAUCUUCACAGCUUGCCCUUAGCUUUAGUUCUAGGAUGUUCAAAGUUUGUCUGCCGCUGUAAAUUUAGAGACAGUCCCUGUGUUUGCACAUGAGCAGUGGGCGACUCCGGAAGAGGUCGGGGAACAGGAGCCGGCGAGGAGAAGCGGACAGGCGGCCCGGUGCAGAGGAGCAGAAGCCGGGGCUCUGGGGAUUCACAGUUGAAAGAUGGCAAACAAAUGUGCAGCAUCAGAUCCAUGGCAAGAUUGUAUGGAGGCCGCAGUUGCUGUUGCCCGACAAGCUGGUGCAGUUAUUUGUGAAGCUUUGAGAAAAGAGCAGACUGUUCAGAUUAAAAGUUCCCCUGCAGACCUGGUGACCGAGACUGAUCAAAAUGUAGAAAAAAUGAUAAUAAGCACACUAAAGGAAAAAUUUCCUUCCCACAGUUUUAUUGGUGAAGAGUCAGUUGCAGAUGGAGCACCAAGUAUAUUAACGGACAAUCCAACAUGGAUAAUUGAUCCCAUUGAUGGGACCACUAAUUUUGUUCACAGGUUUCCAUUUGUAGCGGUUUCGAUUGGCUUUUCUGUGAAUAAACAGAGUGAAAUUGGGAUUGUAUUUAGCUGUGUGGAGGACAAAAUGUAUACAGCUCGAAGAGGGCAAGGUGCAUUUUGCAAUGGCAAACAAUUGAAAGUAUCUGGACAAGAAGACAUUAGCAAAGCUCUUAUCGUAACUGAGCUUGGGUCUAAUCGCACACCAGAAAUAUUGAGGACGGUUCUUUCAAACAUGGAAAAGUUAAUUUCUAUUCCGAGCCAUGGAAUUCGAGCUCUGGGAACUGCAGCUGUAAAUAUGUGCAUGGUGGCAACCGGUGGUGCAGACGCUUACUAUGAGAUGGGUAUCCACUGCUGGGAUAUGGCAGCAGCCGCACUCAUUGUUACUGAGGCUGGCGGUGUUGUGAUGGAUAUAUCAGGAGGACCAUUUGAUCUGAUGUCACGUAGAGUGAUUGCUGCAGGUAGCAGAGCCAUUGCAGAGAGAAUAGCACAAGAAGUGCAGAUAAUCCCCUAUCAGAGGGAUGAUCAGAAGUAAUGAGAAAAUGUUUUUCUCAAUGCAGUUUUUUUAAGUUUACUCCAGUUUAAAUAGAUUUUCAAUCUUUCAUUUGCAAAUAUACUAGGAAUAUCUCUGAGCCUGUCAAGUGAAAUUGGUGAACUGGUCAGGUCAAUCUCAGUAGCUGAUGUAUAUGGUGCCAACACUGUGUUGAUAAAGCUGUAACUUGCAUCAAUAUUUUACAAUGAAAGAAGCAGAGGCUGAUCACAAAUUGAUGGAUUUAAGUGAUGCAACCAGAAUUUGGAUCAUUGCUACCAGUAGUCUUGUGGGCACUUUCUUGCUAACUAUAGGAUUACAUUCAGUAAUUGUUUUGAUGAUGAAUGGAAACUAGUGGAUAAAUUGAAUGCAAGAAAUAUAAUAUUAUGGGAUAGAGUUUCUGCAUCGAGUGCAAUUGGCUUUCCAGACAUAAAUUUUGCCUAAAAUUGCAUCCAUUUUGAGAACUGUUUUUCUUCUCAAAUUUCUGCUCCAAUUCCUUUGCAUAUUGGCAAACCCAAAUUUUAUCACGAUUCAGCAAAAUUGGACAGUAUUUUAGAAUGCAAUGUUUUUAAAAAAAACAAAGUUUUAUUUAGGAAAUAUUCCUUUAUGUAUUUAAGAGUAGUAACUUUUGCAGUUUGAUUACUACUGUUGAACUUGGGUUUAUCACACUAAAUAAGCAUUUUAAUCAGUGUUCAGUCCACAUGUGAGUAACCCAAAUGUAAAAUGCUAAAAUGACUGAAAAUAUAUAGAAUCAUUUCCUAGUCAUUUUGGUGUACAGUAGACAGCUUUUUAAAAAAAAAUCAAUGGCUUUUAAAACCUGAUUGUGUAACAUGUGAACAAUGAUAGUCAGAUAAAUAGGUUCUGAUCCAUCCACCCUGUACCCCACAAUUAAGAUAUUUCAAACUGAGAUAUCUCUCAGGCAAGGCAAAAAAAGAUUAAAAACCCAGCCCAAAUUGAGGGGAAACCAAUUAAAACUUGUCGAGGAGAUCACUCCACUCCAGUCAUGAAUUCCCUACCUUUUGUAAGAGGUAAUGUCUACUCUAACCAGAUUCAGCUCUCGCUUGAACAAUAAAGCCUAUCACUGCCCUUGUUCCCAAAAGAUUCAGCUUAUUUUUUUUGGAACCUCUUCAAAGGCCUGUAAACAAAUACAAAUAGCAGAAACUCCCAAUAGUAAUGGGGGCAUGGCCAGUUUUGUGGACAUGACUGUUUUCUAGCAUGAUGUUUUUUAAACUAGGGCAUAAGAUCACAGAAAUGUAAUUUGCGCUGAAUGUAAUUUACACUUAAAAUGCAGUGAUCUCCUGUGCAUUACACUGAUUUUGGGUGAAUUGUGCCAGGAAAACCAGUGCAACCAAGUGGAAACUCUACCUAUCCCUAGAUAAUAAAUGGAGCUGGUACAAGUGUAUAAUCAUUUAUUCCAAGUAUAUUACACACGGAAUCACUUGCUACUUUACUCUGAUAAUAAGACGUAUUUCUGAAACUAAUGAAAAAUGAGAACCUUUUUUAAAGCUGAUUCCUUCUUCAUUCCAUCCAUGCCUGUUUGCAAGUUAGAAAGAAAUAGUUGUGUUCUGACUGGAGAUGAAAAUCAGCCCCACUCAUUGAGCUCAGAAUCUGAUUCCUAAAUUGAUCUUUUGCUUUUCUUCAACCUAACUCAUGCUCAGUGCUCUGCCUGAGCCAGCUUGUUAGUUUUAACAAUGCCACCUGCUUUUUAGUUAUGAGGCUCAACAGCCCAAAUAUAAUUGAGUGCAGUUUUUGCAUAGUCUUCAACUUGCAUGCAUAACUUUGGCCUUCAACCAUCUGCCCUUCAUAGGGAACAUUAAGGAUGCCAGGGGCCCCCACUUCUGAGAAUUAUUAGAUAGCUGUUGCAAAUUUUAUGUUCAUCUGUUGUAAGGCAUGGAUAGUAGAAUAACAUGGUGUAUGUACCAAACCACAUUAGCAUGCUGGGCCCACAUUUCAGAGAAGGCACUGGCAUUGCUGGAAACUAUAUCUAUGUUUUUAGGUUGCAGUCUAAGAAAGGCAAUAUCUACACCAAAUAACAAUUCCAACAAAUGUAAUUAGACCCAGAUAUCAUCAUGACAAACCAGGCCUUUGAUGAGGUUAGCAGGGCACUUUUUUCCUUCUGCAAUAUGAAGCUAUUAUGCCUGUGUGUACAAUACCAGGAGUACCUGUGAUAUUUUACGUUGGAAUGAAAUAAUUUAUGGUGUACUGUUAUGUUUCAAAUUGACCAGGUGCUAUAAAAAUGCAAAUUUUAGUAAAAGGCUUCUAUUUAUAGUUAUCCAUGUUACAAGGUUAGACUGCUUAGAUUGCUGCUGUAACUUCAUUAGUCUGGAAGACCUGGGAGAGUGGUUCAUGAUUAUAAAAAUGAUGGAGCAAUAAACACCAAUAAUAACAUUAAACAUCCUCUUUUAUAUUUAGAGGUAGUAUGGCACCUUGAUUCUUUAGAGCUAAAGGGCUGCAUUUUCCUCCUGCUGCUACAGUAUUGGGACAGGAUUUCUGGGUCUGUUUUCUAGAUCAGGGGUCAUUAGGCAUUUUGAAGCAUGCUCCUGUCGAGAUUCCCAUUAAGAAAUGGAAAUUUUCUAGUAGUGGCCAUGAGCAUAAUCCAGGGGUGCUACAUUAGCACUACGGCUGUAGCAUUCAUAGGAGGUGAGAGCCACAUUAAAGGACAUAUGAGCUCCAAAGACUACAUCAAAUCUCACUGAAGGCCUUGCCAGGUAAGUGCUGGGGGAAUUACAUGAAGGGAGAGGAGAUCGCUACAACACCCUCUCCCUACAUCCAUGGCUUUUCAGUCACCAUUGCAGGAACUACUGCCAGACUCCACCUGACUUUUCUGGAGAGUAAUGUGAAUAGGAGUGGAGAGGGAGGAAAUGGGCCUGAAAUCCAGAUUCUCCUUUUUACAGCUGCAUUUGUGAGCAGUGGACUGGGAAGGAGUGGUGAGCAAGAGGGAGAGAAAAACAGACCAGGAUGAGAGAGGAUUGUCCUGUGUCACUCAGAAUUAAAGAUUAAUCUCCAGGCCAUUGCCCAAGAGGAAAAAAUCGUAAGGAUAUAAAAAAGUGUGUAUUUUAAAUUUUGUUUAGACACUUGUUUACUAGUUAUAAAAUUAUUUGAGAGGAAGAAGGUGGCUGACGGUCAAGAAUCAUCCAAUCGGAAAUGAAGAAUCUAUUUGCCAUGGGAAUGACGUGAGGGGACAUGCUGGAUGACAAAUGACAAAAAUGUGGAGUGAGGUGGAUGGAGACAAAGGGUCAUGGGAUGAAACAUCCAAGAAUAUGUCCAAGCAGUGUUGGCAACUCAGGAUGGGAUAGUGAGGUGGCUCCCUUUUCCCUGUUUCUACCCUAUCCAAUAUAUUAGGGUAAACUUCAGCAUUAAAUGCCCUUCUGUUUGAAUACGUGUAUGUUCCUACUAGACCUUCAACUGGAAAACGAGUGAGAUGAACUGUAAUAGAACAAAAGUGUUAAUUCUACAGACACAUUAAUUUUGCCUGAAGUAAUUUAGGUGCUUCUAUUAAUGUAAAAUAGUAUUAACUUACUGUUAAAGUCCAAACAGGGGACCAUUGGAGGAAUACCCCAUGUAUCCCUGAUGAAUUAGGCUAACCACUACAAGAAUUUGCAUUUAUAUAGCACCUUUACUGUAGCAAAACAUCCCAAGGUGUUUCACAUGAGUGAAAUUUUGACAGUUUGACACUGAGCCACAUAAAGGAGAUAUCAGUACAGAUGACCAAAAGCUUGAUCAAAGAGCUAGGUUUUAAAGAAUAUUUUAAAGGACGAGUAUGAUUUUGGGAAGGAAUUCCAAAGCUUAAGCCUUAGACAGGUGAAGGCAUGACCAAUGGUGGAAUGAAGGAAAUUGUGGAUGCACAAAAUGUCAGAAUUGGAGGAACGCAGAGUUCUUGGAGGGUUGUGGGGCUAGAGGAAGUUACAGACAUUAGAGACAUGAAGCUAUAAAAGGAUUUGAGCCCAAAGAUGAGAAUUUUUAAUUUGAGACUUUACUGAACCAGGAACCAAUGUAGGUCAGCUACAUUGUGCAUAAUUGGGCUGUUAAUUGACGCAUGUAAAUGAUGAGAAUGUGAAUCUGAAUAAUAGCGUAAAAAUAAUGUACAACUUUUCAAUCUUUUUAUAGAACGUUGACAAUUGUAAAUUAAAUUAUUUUUGCACCUGGA